GCGCUUGCUCGUCUGGCCGCGAUGACGUCACGAGGCGCUGUCGUCACUUCGGCAAAGUUCUUGCCGUGUUCGUGGAAAGUCCCCGCGGAGCCGCUUAAAAGCGCUUCUGAGCUCCAAUGGAAGCGAAACGAGCAAACUUCGUUCUCCUCUUCAUCCUCGUCGAGAGCCCGCGAGACCCCAAACCGCCGUGACCGACAUGCACGCGCACGCAGUUUUCCCGCUCCUGUGCUGCUUCCUGUUCCCGCGGGAGAUCCGUACGGCGCCCACCGCCGCAGCCCAUUCGCCGGCCCUCAGAGACGCCCUCGAACGAGCUCGCAUGCUGGCCGACAAAAUCUCCAAGGACGUUCCCGCCGCGUACGCCGAGGGCUCGACCCUUGACCUCCCGCAGCAGACCGGCGACCUGCAGAUGAUGGCCGUCGCCCUCCGCAUCCCCCCCGCGCCCGUCCUCAAACCGCUGUCGCAACACUUCGACAUGGACACGUGCGUGAGUCGCAUGGCGGAAGGCGUGCGGAUGUUCCAGGGCCUUCUGGGAGUUUUGUCGACCCGUCUCGGCGGGCUGGACGGCCUUCGGGCCGACCUGCGAGACCUGCUCACGCAGAUCGCCAAGGUAACGGUAACGCUGAGCGGCGGCGCGCAUAGCUACGUGCUAAUGAUUAGCGCGUUCGCAGGUGCAGGAAGCGGCCCGGCCGGGCGGCGCCGAGACGGACCGGGACCGGGACCGGGAGCGGGACCGGUGGGCGGGGAUGGCGGCGGGUCUCCACGGCGACUACGAGGCGCAGGCGGCCGCUCAACUGACGCUCACGCAGCUCAGAUCCUUCGCGCACGACGUCAUCCGAAGCCUCCGCGCGAUCGCCGCCCACAGGACGCUCGCGCGCUAGUGGGCGCUACUCCUACUUUGGCGGGCGUCCGCCUCCCUCGUGCAGAUGUCUUGACGGUCCCGCGAAGCGUGCCGGAACAUUCCGUGCCGGAAUCGCGGGACGUCCCGAUCGCCUGCUGCGCUGCCCUCUGCCGGACAAACACACAACAGGCCGAAAGGCGGACGAAGCCCGUGGCGGCGGUGGGCGGGGCCGGCAGUCAGCCGUGUUGAGGACUACGAGCUCGCCGAACAAUUCUCACGCUGAUCCGCACGCGUACGUUACUUACUUGAAGACACUUUUCACUGAUUUAUCACUUUACUUUUCAUAUUUAUUACUUAAUAAUGUAUAUUUAUUCAUCUUAUUUAUUAUAAUUGACUGUGAUUAGGGAGUUGGGAACGAGCGAAGGAUUUCCAACAGCCUUUGCUUCGCUUAAUGAGGGCCACUUCC